UAGCAAUAGAGAUACCAACCCAGGAAUCUCCGCACCACCCCCCAAGAGGAAGCAGCGUCUGACAUCUUCCGGAAACGAGCUCCACUGGCCUUAUGGGAAAUGUGGUCCCCGACGGAUGGCCUACACCCGGGAGGAGUCCAGGAACUCUAGGUGGACAGUUACUUCCGCACACGCGUAGUAGGACGGUAGCCGGUAUUCAAUCUUCAAAUCAGCGCCGCGGGAAGUGCUGGCGGGGACUGCUCGCCUGUCUGUGGACGACGCUGUGACUGAUCCCAGGCUUGGAGCCGGAGCUGCGGGCAAGGCAGUGAAAGGGUGGCAGAUUUCUGUAUAAGAGCUGCAGAAAAUGAUCAACUUCCAGUGAACAUGAUAUGGUAUUAAGGAGCUGCCUUGAUUCUCUUGCAAGUUCGCUAGUGAUGCGCACUUUAGUUUGAAGAUAAAUGUGCUGUUACAGGAAUCAGUGACAUUCCAGGAUGUGGCUGUGGAUUUCACUGCAGAGGAGUGGCAGCUGCUUGAUUGUGCUGAGAGAACCCUGUAUUGGGAUGUGAUGUUGGAGAACUACAGAAACCUCAUCUCAGUGGGAUGUCCAAUUACCAAAACAAAAGUGAUCCUCAAGGUAGAGCAAGGACAGGAGCCAUGGAUGGUGGAGGGAGUGAAUCCACACCAGAGCUCUCCAGAAUCUGACUGCCCACUUGUUGAUGAACCAGGGAAGCAUCGGGGAAGCAAAGACAAUUUUUUGAAGUCAGUUUUGCUCACGUUCAAUAAAAUUCUGACUAUGGAGAGAAUCCACCAUUAUAAUAUGAGCACAAGUCUUAAUCCAAUGAGAAAAAAAUCAUAUAAAUCGUAUGACAAGCGUUUGCCACCUAAUUUAGACUUACUUAAAUAUAAUAGAAGUUAUACUGGGGAAAAUGCUUAUGAAUGCAGUGAAUGUGGGAAAGCCUUCAAAAAGAAGUUUCAUUUCAUUAGACAUGUAAAAAAUCAUACAAGGAAAAAGCCUUUUGAAUGCAAUGACUGUGGAAAAGCCUAUAGCAGGAAGGCACACCUUGUAACUCAUCAGAAAAUUCAUAAUGGAGAGAGACCCUUUGUGUGCAAUGAUUGCGGGAAGGCGUUUAUGCAUAAAGCCCAACUUGUGGUCCACCAGAGACUUCACACUGGAGAGAAGCCUUAUGAAUGCAGUCAAUGUGGGAAAACAUUCACUUGGAACUCCUCAUUUAAUCAACACGUGAAAUCUCAUACACUUGAGAAGUCAUUUGAAUGUAAGGAAUGUGGGAAAACCUUCAGGUAUAGCUCAUCCCUUUAUAAACAUUCCAGAUUUCAUACAGGAGAGAAACCCUAUCAAUGUAUCAUAUGUGGCAAAGCUUUUGGCAACACAUCUGUGCUUGUUACACACCAAAGAAUUCAUACAGGAGAGAAACCUUAUGGAUGUAUUGAAUGUGGCAAAGCUUUCAUCAAGAAGUCUCAUCUCCUCAGACAUCAGAUAACUCAUACAGGAGAGAAGCCCUAUGAAUGUAACAGAUGUGGGAAAGCAUUUUCCCAGAAGUCAAAUCUUAUUGUACAUCAGAAAAUUCAUACGUAAUAUUCACUUUAUGGAUAUGAGAAGGCCUUAUUGAAUAUUUGCUAAAUCUUAUUAAAUACUAAAGAAUUCAUGGUGAGAAGUCUACAAUUUAAAUGAAUUUGGAAGAGUAGAUUCCCAUAAAAAACAAUCAAUGCCAAUCAUGUUCUGGAAGUGAUAAUAAACUUUUUACAGAAAAUAUGACAGAAAACAACUAUAAAUAAUAGAGCAUAAAGCUUGGAAAGUAAGCAUAACUUAAAUAAUCAAAGAACCAGUGAAAACUACAUUUGCCAUUCCUGACUUUUAAUUUUUAUAAUAAUUAUGCAAGUGUGAGUUUAAAAUAUAUGCUUAUACAUUAUAUUUAAUUAUGCCUAUUAAGAGUUUCUGCAGUAAAUAACAUUUUUUCUUCCAGUCUUAAUUAAUGCAUAAUUAAUGAAGUGAGAAAAUGUUUUAAUAUGUUGUAUGAAUUUCAGUGAUAUUUUCAUCCAUUUGCUGGCACUUUUAAUGGGCAUGACGGUGUUUCUGAAUCUGAGUCUCCUUUAAUUAUACAACUGAAGACUUCUUAUUAAAAUUCAUAUAAAGAUGUUUUCCUAUGUAUGUAAAUACCAGAACAAAAAACUUAACAAAACACUAAUUGAGGAGAGAAAGGCACUUGUAUUCUGUAUUACAAUAAGUAUUCAUUUGAGGAAAAGAAUUAUUUAAAUAUGUAAAUAAAUAAUUUGCACUUCAAA